CGAAACCAUUGUCAAGUGUUUGACUCAUCAUCACAGUGUCAAUUUCCAUUUCCUAUCAUUUCAUCACUGUUUCUCUGCAGAACAAGUUGAAAAGCUUUUCUAAUUUCUAUCCACUCAAAAAUACCUGAUUCUAAUUUCGAAAUUCUGCUUUGUUUUCGACCAUCAUUGAAAGAUCAUCGAAGCAAACGAUAAUCAAAAUGGAACGACCACCAGGAUUUCUCAUCAAAAAAACUGCUAUCAUUUGUUAUACUUCGAUUUCGAUUAUAAUUGCAUUGGUUUUGUUUGUUUGUGUUGUUGUGUCCUAUGAUGACUUAGAUGAUGUCCUACAAAAAGCUCAUGAACAACAUCCAGAGAUUCCUGUGGUAUAUGAUAAGCGAAUGGUGUUUGUGUACAUAUCGUCGAUGUGCGGUAUUCAAAUUGCUUUCUCACUCAUCGGUUUGCUUGGUGCAUUGGAUGAAUGUUAUGCCCUUUCGGUUAUCUAUUUGGCACUAACAUUUCUUGAUUUGAUGUCUUCGAUUGCUUUGACAGCAUUUCAUCCAUUUUUGAAAUUGCAUGUUGCUGCAAAUGUAAUCGUAUUAUUGAUAUCGUGUUCAUUUAUAAAGGAUCUACGUAAACUGAUGAAACGACAACACUCAAUCAAUCCACUCGAUUCUGUGGAAUAAUCGUGCUCAUCUAUAUCAAUCUCUCACUUGUUUUUUCAUUCAUUCUUUAAUCAAAACAUUUCUGUAGUUUAUAAAUAUAAUAA